AUGAAGGAGCGACGAUGGAGUUCCCUUCCACGACAUGGGAAAGGAUCAUGGGAUGAGGAAAAGAAAGAAAAGGUGCAAGGUGAGGAGAUAUCGAUAGGUAGAAUAGGUGAAAUGAGUUUGAAGGAAUUAAUUACGACACGCUUCUUUAGCAUAGGCCACAGAGUGGAGUUGGAAGGUUCAAUGAACUACGCGAAGGGGAAAUCUUGGGCGCUAUUUUUGUCUAUAUACAAGUGGCGUAGGCGAAGCUAUGGCGACUCAUGGAGUAGACAACGAGCUCCUCUUGAACAGAAAGCAACAAGCUGCAAGCACUACUCCAAAAAGCAGUGA